CAGGUACAUGCCCUUGACCGGAAUCGAACCUGGGACCCCUCAGUCCGCAGGCCGACGCUCUAUCCACUGAGCCAAACCGGUUUCGGCGACUUUCUGAAUUUUAUUCUAGGCUCUGCUAUGUGUUAUCUGGGUGACCUUGGCAAGGGACAGUUUAUCUAAGCCUCACUUUCUUUCUCCAUGAAAUAGAAGUAAUAGUAUCAACUUCAUCAGGUUUAAGUCAGAAAGUUUAAGUUAGAAAAAUACAUACAACUCACCUAGGAUAAUGGCUGGCCCAUAUUAAGUGGUCAGUUGUUAACUGUUGUUUUACCAUGAGCUUUUCUACAUAGCUGACUUAAAUUUUUUAGUAGAGUGAAAAAUUUACCUCUUUAUACAUUUCUACUACCACUGCCCACCCCAGGUACUGGUGCCACACUUGGGAUGUUAGUAGCCUCUAUUUAAGAGCACAGAUGAUUUAGUAGAUCUUAUUCCAACUCCAAAUGAUUGGGAAUGAAUGCUGGCUUCCUAGAGUUCUCUGUUGAGAAAAAUUUGGAGGACUAAGCAAAAGAGAGUGACAUGUUCAACAGUGCCUAUAAGGAGAAGCUCCUUAUAGGCACACAUUUCUUUGAGAAAAAGUUUUCAGCAAUUUAAAAACAUGAGGAUUUCUUUGCAUUUGACUUUCACAAACGUAAAUUUUAUAAAUAGGUUUAUAAUAUAGUUACACUAAUUUAAUAAAGUGCCUAGAAGUUCUCUAGUUUAGGGAUAUAAGAAAGUAGUGGAGCCAAGCCAGCAUGGCUCAGUGGUUGCACGUCAACCUAUGAAACUGGAAGUCACUGUUCGAUUCCCAAUCAGGACAUAUGCUCGGGUUGCAGGUUGAUCCCUAGUGCGGAACAUGCAGGAGGCAGCCGAUCAAUGAUUCUCUCUCAUCAUUGAUGUUUCUGUCUCUCUGUACCUCUUCCUUACUCUCUGAAAUCUAUAAAAAUAUAUUUUAAUAAAAAAAGUAGUGGAAUUUCAAUAAUUUCUGGUAUUUUAGGUGUUCUGUUUUUUCCCCCUUCUGUGUAUGAGGAGACUCAUUUCUGGGGAUCAAAGUUUGAGAACAUGUCAGAAAUUAGUAGGAUUCAGAAAUUUCUGUAAAAUUAACUGAUAUAUAAUGGAUAUUAAAAGCUACAUCAUUAUCCCUGGCCCAAUUGCUCAGUUGGUUAGAGCAUCUUCCCCGAUACACCAAGGUUGUGUUUGAUCCCCAGUCAGAGCACAUACAAGAAUCAACCAAUGAGUGCAUAAAUAAGUGAAACAAUAAAUUGAUGUUUCUCUCUCUCUCUCUCUCUCUCUCUCUCUCUCUCUCAAAUCAAUUAAAAAAUAAAGGUAAGUCAUUUUGAUGAGUAGCAGUAUCCAGACUUCCAAAUAAGACUAGGGAAUUUUAAAGAAAAGCUAUAAAAUAUGGUUUUUACUUUGAAGAAACUUAUAACUUACUUAUUUCUGCAAAAUAAGCAAAAAAGAAAACAGAUGGCAUUUAUAGAAGAUAUAAUUGAUUAUAACAGUGAACCAGUGCCAAGGUACUUCUAAAGUAUUCUUGAUUUGGAAAGGUUUCAUGAGGUAAAGAUUUCAAAAACCACAUUUUAAAGGAAAAGGCAACCUAAAGAAAUAAAAUAUGCAUCAAGGAAAAGAUUGAAAGGAAACUACAGGCAAAGGUCAGAUGUCCUGUAAUCCUUCCUUUGGUGGUAUCGGAAAGGGGCAUUUAAUGAGGGAAGUGGAUGCUUUAGAUGGCCUGUGUUCCCGAAUCUGUGACCAGUCUGGUGUACAUUACAAAGUAUUAAACCGGCGUAAGGGACCAGCUGUUUGGGGUCUGAGAGCUCAAAUUGAUAGGAAACUCUACAAACAGAACAUGCAGAAAGAAAUCCUAAAUACACCACUGCUUACGGUUCAGGAGGGAGCUGUAGAAGAUCUUAUACUUACAGAACCAGAACCUGAGCACACUGGGAAAUGCCGUGUCAGUGGUGUUGUUUUGGUGGAUGGAAGCAAAGUAUAUGCAGACAGCGUGAUUCUGACUGCUGGGACAUUUCUGAGAGGCAUGAUUGUAAUUGGAUUGGAAAUGCAUCCGGCAGGACGUUUAGGAGACCAGCCUUCCAUUGGGUUGGCUCAGACUCUAGAGAAGUUGGGGUUUGUUGUGGGAAGAUUGAAGACUGGGACUCCACCCCGAAUUGCCAAAGAGUCCAUUAAUUUCAGUAUUCUAAACAAGCAGACACCAGAUAAUCCAUCCAUACCAUUCAGCUUUAUUAAUGAAACAGUGUGGAUUAAGCCAGAAGAUCAGCUGCUGUGUUACUUGACUCACACCAACCCGAGAGUGGAUGAGAUUAUCCUUGAGAACCUGCACCUUAAUAGUCACAUUAAGGAAACUACAAAAGGACCCCGAUACUGUCCUUCCAUUGAAUCAAAGGUUUUGCGUUUUCCAAACCGUAUACAUCAGGUUUGGUUGGAACCUGAAGGAAUAGAUUCUGACUUCAUCUACCCCCAAGGGUUAUCUGUGACGCUACCAGCUGAAUUACAGGAGAAAAUGAUCACAUGCAUCAGAGGCUUGGAGAAAGCUAAAAUGAUCCAGCCAGGCUAUGGUGUUCAGUAUGAUUACUUAGACCCCCGUCAGAUCACUCCUUCUCUCGAGACUCAUUUGGUGCAACGGCUUUUCUUCGCUGGACAGAUAAAUGGCACUACUGGUUAUGAGGAAGCUGCAGCUCAAGGUGUGAUAGCUGGAAUCAAUGCAAGUCUUCGGGUCAGACGCAAGCCUCCUUUUGUCGUUAGCCGAACGGAAGGCUACAUAGGAGUCCUGAUUGAUGACCUCACCACACAGGGCACUAACGAACCAUACCGAAUGUUUACCAGUCGAGCAGAGUUCCGUUUGUCACUGCGCCCUGAUAAUGCUGACAGCCGCCUCACAUUCCGAGGUAACUCUUCACUGAGUCUGCCAACCAGGUUCACUCUUCUCUCAGACCUCUCUCAUUAUGUUCUCUCCUCUCUUCUUCUAGGGUAUAAGGAAGCUGGCUGUGUGUCCCAACAAAGAUAUGCAAGAGCUUCUUGGAUGAAGUCUUCUUUAGAAGAAGGCAUUUCUGUGUUGAAAUCCAUUGAGUUUUCAAGUUCUAAAUGGAAAAAGCUAAUCCCAGAGGCUUCUAUAAGUAUGGGUAAAGUUGUAUCUCUCAGAGCUCUAGAUGUUCUGAAGUAUGAAGAAGUUGACCUGGAGUUAUUGGCAAAGGCUGUUCCAGAGCCCUUGAAGAAGUAUACUGAAUGUAGAGAGCUAGCUGAAAGACUGAAAAUAGAAGCCACUUAUGAAACAGUAUUGUCCUAUCAGCAACAAGAAAUAAAGGACAUUCAGCGAGAUGAAGCUCUCCAACUGCCAGAAGACCUAGAUUACUUGACUCUCAGGGAUGUGUCUUUGUCCCAUGAAGUUCGAGAGAAGCUACAUUUCAGUCGCCCACAGACGAUUGGGGCUGCAAGUCGGAUACCUGGAGUGACACCUGCUGCCAUCGUCAAUCUGCUCAGAUUUGUGAAGACCAUUCAGCAAAGACAGGCAGCUAUGAAUGAGUUGCCCAAAAGUGAUCAAUGCUUAUGUGAUACAGACAGACUUGAAGAGAGACAGUUAUAGCUUCCUGUUCAUCGAAGACUUAUAAUCAAUGUAAGAGUAUAGAUAGGAGAUAAGAAGUAUUUCUACUUAACACCUGUUAAAAAACCUUAAUUAUUAUGGUUUUGUCAUUAAUGUAUGAAGAAGACAGAUAUUAUUGUGCUUUUUUGUACAUCUGAAAAAAUAGUUAUAGACUCUUAAUUUAUACUCUUUCUCUCAGGUGCUCUAAUGCAGCGAGCCUAUUAAUAAAACUUUGUGCAAAGCCCAUUAAA